UGAAAUGUGUGACAACUUCCUGAGCUUUUUUAUCAAUAAGGUUUCAAGCAUUAGAGCUCUCAUAAGCCCUCCUUCUUACGACCCCUCCGUCUCCGUCACACGCUCUGCUGUCUUCAGUCAGUUUGAGCUCGUCACCCUGUCUUCCUUAACUGACAUCACUGGUCGUAUGAAACCUGCUGGAUCCCCAAAUGAUCCCAUCCCACCUCGUCUUUUUAAAGAGGUUUUUCACACCGUGGCUCCUCAUGUGUCCCAAAUUAUAAAUGACAGCUUGGCAUGUGGACAGGUACCAGCGAGCUUUAAACAUGCAGUUGUGACACCACUGAUUAAAAAACCUAGCCUAGACCCCACAGUAAUGUCCAACUUUAGACCCAUCUCAAAACUGCCCUUCAUGUCUAAGAUCUUGGAGAAAAUUGUUUACAAUCAGUUAACAUCAUACUUAAACGACCACAACCUUCUUGAACAGUUUCAAUCUGGCUUUAAAACUCACCACAGCACUGAGUCUGCGCUGCUGAAAGUCUUCAACGACAUUCUUUUAGCCACAGACUCUGGUGACUGUGUAGUUUUAAUGUUGUUGGACUUGACUGCUGCCUUCGACACAGUAGACCAUCACAUCCUCCUGUCUCGUCUGGAGAACUGGGUGGGCAUUCAGGGUCCUGCUCUACAGUGGUUCAGAUCCUAUCUGACAGAGAGAAACUUCUGCGUGCGCAUUGGUGCUGUGGAGUCCUCUGUAGCCCCUCUCACUUGUGGAGUACCUCAGGGUUCUAUACUUGGCCCUCUUCUGUUUUCCCUGUAUCUACUCCCUCUGGGACAUCUUCUCCGGAAACAUGGCAUUUCUUUUCAUUUUUAUGCUGAUGACAGCCAAAUCUAUGUUCCGUUAAAACAGGGCAAACACCAUUCCUUGAAACAACUCCUGGGGUGUAUGGCAGAAGUCAGAGCAUGGAUGUCACUAAACUUUUUACAUUUUAAUGACAAAAAGACAGAGGUCUUGUUGUUUAAGCCUAGUGAAGGCUCCAAUAUCCAUGCUGAUCUGGGUCCUUUAACAGAACAUCUGACUGAGACAGCAACUAACCUGGGCGUGAGGCUGGACAGUGACUUCAAACUUGACACGCAGAUUAAAUCAGUGAUCAAGUCCAGCUUCUUUCAUUUGAGACAACUGGCCAAGGUCAAACCAUUUCUGUCACAACAUCAUUUUCAGAUCUUAAUCCAUGCUUUCAUCACAACUCGCCUGGAUUACUGUAAUUCUCUUUAUGUCGGUCUGAGCCAGUCAUUACUGACUCGACUUCAGCUGGUUCAGAACGCAGCUGCCCGCCUUUUAACUGGUACCAAAAAACGAGAACACAUCACCCCUGUUUUAGAAUCACUACAUUGGCUCCCGGUUCGCUUCAGGAUUAAUUUUAAGGUUCUUUUAUUUGUUUUCAAAUGUCUUCAUGGUCUCGCCCCACAGUAUCUGUCCGACCUGCUCCAGCUGUACACUCCUUCUCGCUCUCUCAGGUCAGCAGAUCAGCUGCUGCUGGUCGUCCCAAGGUCCAACAGGAGACUGAGAGGUGACCGAGCGUUCUCAGUCGCUGCCCCUAAACUGUGGAACGAGCUGCCUCUGCAUGUCAGACAAGCUGGCUCACUUCCUGUUUUUAAGUCUUCUCUGAAGACACAUCUUUUCUCUUUGGCUAUGUACUUCCUGCCCUACAGGUUAGCUGCCCGGUAUCCAAAGACCCGGAUCGGUCGGCUGGCCACGUCCACUGACCACAACAAGAAACUGGACCUUUGCGACGACUACGUUGUUCAAAAUGACGAGUUCUUCUUCGACAGAGACCCAAAAAUCUUCCACAUCAUCUUCAACUUCUACAGAACCGGAGUGUUGUUCAUUAAAGACGAGCUGUGUCCCUACAACUUCCUGGAGGAGAUCCACUACUGGGGGGUCCGGAUCAAAUACACCCAGCGCUGCUGCCGCAUCUCCUUCGAGGAGCGACAGGAUGAGCUGAAUGAGCAGCUGAAGGUGCAGAAGGAGCUGAUGGCUGAGGAGAGCUUAAACCCCAUCCCAGCUGGGGAGGGGGAUAUUGAGUCAGAGUGGACCUUGUUCCACACCUCAAUUAUUGAAUUGGCUGCCUUGAGCUGUGGCCGCAAGGUUGUCUGUGCUUCUUGCGGUGGCCAUCCUCGAACUUGGUGGUGGACACCCUGGGUUAGGGAGGCUGUCAAGGUGAAGGAGUUCUACCAUUCCUUAUUAGCUGGUGGGACUCUGGAGGAAGCUGAAGAGUAUCGAAGGGCCAAGUGGUCUGCAGCCCUUGCUGUUGCUGAGGCAAAAGUUCAGAUGUGGGAAGAUAUCGAUGAGGCCUUGGAUGAAGACUUGGUUGGCUCUGAGGAGAUUCUGGCAAACAAUCAGGCAGCUGAGGGUCUGGCUCUGGGUAGUGGCGGAAAGGGUGAAAUCACGGAUACAGGAGGUUAA